GGAAAAACGAUCCAAAGUCGUUACACAUACUGUUAAGGGCUAAGGCCCUGUAUAUUAAGCUGCAUCAGAAGCAGUAAUAAAACCUUAAAAUAAAUCAAAUGGAAAAGCACCUCUCUAAUCCUCCUUUCCUCCCUUUGUCCUCAGCCCUGAUCCUCUAAUGACCCUCCCCGUCCGUCAACGGGGGCCGUUGAAAAAUUAACGCCGUUACGACAAUCCUUCCCGUUUAGUCCACUUCCUUUCUUCAAAAGCUCCACUUUCCGCGUAUGGCGCUGGAGGGAUUGCCCCGGGCUCGGACUCCGCCGUUUGACGCUGACGCGGAGGCCGGCGGAGGCCGUCAUGCCGCCGUAAACGGCGGCGAUGAUGGGCCCAAGACGCCGCGGCUUCCCAGAUGGACGAGGCAGGAGAUUCUGGUGCUGAUACAGGGGAAGAGAGUCGCGGAGAGCCGGGUACGAAGGGGCCGGACGGCCGGGACGGAAUUCGGGUCGGCCCAGAUCGAGCCGAAGUGGGCUUCGGUUUCUUCGUAUUGUAAGAGGCAUGGGGUGAAUCGGGGCCCGGUUCAGUGCCGGAAGCGGUGGAGUAAUCUGGCCGGGGACUUUAAGAAGAUCAAGGAAUGGGAGGCGCAGAUGAAGGAGGAAACGGAGUCGUUUUGGCUGAUGAGGAAUGAUUUGAGGAGGGAGAGGAAGCUUCCGGGGUUCUUCGAUAGGGAGGUUUAUGACAUCCUCGACGGCGGUAACGGCGCAGCCGGUGGCGGCGAGGAGAUGACUGCGAGAUUGGCUUUAGCUCUAGGGCCAUCGGUAGAGGUGGCUGCGGAGGACCCGGAGCCGGAAACUUUGUUUGACAGUGGGAGAAGCGCCGCCGCUGAGGAUGGCCUGUUUUCCGAUUUUGAGCAAUCUGUUCAGGAGGAGGCCGGUGUUGUGAGUCCUGGGAAGGAUGUGUCGCCGGAGAAGGAGCUUCCGACCACCGCUAUUCCUGCUCCGACCCCAAUUUCAGAGCAACAAUAUGAACCCUUUUCUCAGGAAACUCCUGCUCAAGGCACAAGCCAUCAGAAACACCCAACCACCUCAGAGCCAGGCAUUGGAAGCACUCAGGAAGGAAGGAAAAGGAAGCGGAGUGUAAUGGAUGAAGAUGAAGAAGAAUCAGAAAACCUGCAACACCAUCUGGUGAAGGCUUUAGAGAGGAAUGGGAAGCUCUUGAGCUCCCAGCUUGAAGCUCAAAAUGCACAUUUGCAGCUGGACAGGGAGCAACGCAAGGACCAUGUGAAUAGCCUAAUAUCAGUUCUUAAUAAACUUUCUGAUGCUUUGGUGAGGAUUGCAGAUAAGCUGUAGAGGAGUGAACCAAAGAUUGAAUAUACAGGCACUUAGGUGUUGUUUGGUAAGGCAAAAUGACAUGUAAUGUAAUUUAAUCAAGUGCACGUGUGAUAUAAUUUUACACGAACAGUUUGAUUUUAUUACAUCAUACAUGUUAUUAUAGUGUACCAAAGUACACCUCAGUGUGUAUCGUUGGUCUCAAGGUCGCGUUUGUGAACGUGAUUUCGGGAGUGACCAAACACACAAUUCUUUUCUGCUUUAUACUUUACUAAGCUUAUAUAGUAUUGGUAGAAAAUAGAGGUAUACAAGAAAAUAAUAUAGAAAUUUGAGGCUGCUGACAGUUUUUUCUUCCUACACUUGGGUUAGUUGUUUAUUUAUUUGUCAUACAUACAGAAGAAUUGUCCAUCUUGUCAAGUGUCAGGACUGUACAAGUCAAAUAUAGAGAUACUUGAAGUCAAG